AUGGAUGAUGGCGUGUCCCAGUUGCCGCCGAGGUUGAGGUGGAGACAACAAUGGAAAGAGAAGAAGAGGGUGGAAGAGUUAGUGGUACCCCCGGACCAGAUGCGACCUACGACCGAGGAGCCACUAUUGUCCGCCAUGGGGGACUCGCCGACGGAGUGGUCGACAAUCGUGCUGGAAGUGAAAGUGCCUGCUGGCAAAGAACGUAUCCCUAUAGAAAUGGACGUGAACGACACCGUUCUGAAGCUGAAGGAGAAGGUUCUUGAACAGAAAGAUAUGUACGCCGUGGGAUUGGAGAGAGUAGUGCUGCAAUAUCAUAGAAAGCCCGUGGAAUUGCUGGAUGAACAGUUGUUGAAGGAUUUCGUAGAUUCCGAUCGACGUGAGAUCGACGUGUACAUAAUGCCACCGCGGCGACCGCCACGAAAGGUGAGGUUGAAGGUGAUGGUGGCGCCGAUGAACUCGAAAGAGAGGUUAGAGAUGGAGGUGAGGGCUGAGGAGCGCGUGGCGGUGUUGAGGGUGUUGCUGGAGAAGGCGCACCGGAUAGUUAGGUUUCGUCUUCCUACUCUCGGUCGUUAUGUUUUCAUUCACAAUGAUAAAACGAUGGACGAAAAAAUGUCGUUUCGAUGGCACCGUGUUCUGCACGGUGACACCAUUCGCACCCUGGAUAGGCACUUGGUGCAACCGAACACCGUUGAUGGAUGCUUGACGCAAGAUCAGAAAGACGUCGCCGAAGAUCGAUCUUGA